CUAAUCUCUUGUCUUCACUGUUGUCGACGACCACUGCGAGGGGUUAGAUAGUUUUCUGUAGAGUAAGUUACUUGGCGUCCGUCUCCGUCCCGACCAUGGCCUCUACCGCCUUCGACUAUUCGCAAUGGCCACCGUCAUUGACCGACGAUCAGAUCGGCGCACUAACCCAGCACGCAACGACAUAUGUGCUGUCUCAUGGGUUGACGUAUCUUCCACCGAGCGCAACGCAGCCGCCUUCACCGUCCUCUGUUAUCCAUGCACCCAUAUCUCUCCUGCCCUCGCCCAUCCCACGCUCACUGUUCGAGCGGGCCCAGCAGCUGCAGUCCUCAUACAAUAUUCUCUACGCGCGGGUCGCUAUGGACGACGACUUCCUAGACAAGGUCAUGGGCGCCGUAGAGGGCGUAGGCAAGGCGGACGAGUUUGUAGGGACGCUUUGGAGAGGGUGGAAAGCCAUACGAGACGAAGGGAUCGUGCAGGCGAGGUUGCAGCCUCUCCAUCUUGGUCUGUUCCGGUCAGACUAUCUGCUACAUACCGGCGGGGAAGAUGGAACGAUCUCUCUGAAGCAGGUAGAAUUUAACACUAUAUCCUCUUCAUUUGGACCGCUGUCCGAGAGGGCAGCGGCUAUGCAUAGGUAUCUCUACGCUCUCACCAAUUAUUAUGGCGUAUUGCCUUGGCUCAAAUCGGAGAAUUUUCCCCUUAACGAUACCACUGCGCGUCUAGCUGAGGGGCUCGCAGAGGCGCAUAAGGCGUAUGGUGUUCCGGGUGCAUAUGUCUUGUUCGUUGUGCAGCCGAAUGAGCGCAACGUGUUCGACCAGCGAUGGCUAGAGUACGAACUAUUAGAGAAACACUUCAUCUGCGUUGUCCGUCAGACUUUCGAAGAACUUGCAUCUUCUGCCACGCUUGACGCGGAUACUCGUAUUUUGCGACUGGCGAUCGCUCCUGCCCUCUCGCUGUCAGGGUCCGAAUCAAGUUUAGAGAUCUCCACUGUCUACUUCCGCGCUGGAUAUGUUCCGUCUGACUACCCAACAACAACACAUUACGCCACUCGGUUCACUCUAGAACGAAGCCGUGCCAUCAAAUGUCCAACUAUCCCACUCCAGCUCGCAGGUGGGAAGAAAGUCCAGGAAUUUCUCAGUCGACCAGGUGUCGUAGAGCAAUUCAUACGUGACACAGAUGCACGGGACAUUGUUACAGGCGCGAAAGACCUCAGGGAGACGUGGAUGUCGAUGUGGUCGCUGGACGACCCCAAUCCGCCUGUGGCUCCCGCCGAUCAUGCUAUACAACAGUGUACGGACGAGCCGAGAGGAACGACAUAUGCACGUGCUCUGGCAGACUCGCUCGUUCUCAAACCACAGCGUGAGGGUGGUGGGAAUAAUGUGUAUAAGCAAGAUAUACCACCAUUUCUAGAGACACUUCCCAUGCAAGAUCGGGAAGCUUGGAUUGCUAUGCAGCUGAUCCUGCCUCCGCAGGGCGUUGGGUCCUACCUUAUUCGCGCUGGGGGGUCAACUCCAGGAGGCAACAAGACGGUCCGUUCCGAGACGGUUUCUGAGUUGGGUAUCUUCGGAUGGGCUCUGUUUUCUUGCGAGACAGGUGUGCGUGAACGGGGGGAUGCAGGGUGGCUAGUGAGGACCAAAGGUGUGGAAAGUAAUGAAGGCGGUGUUGCUGCAGGGUUUUCUGUCUUGGAUUCGGUCGUCCUCGUAGAUAGGUAAGCGAUGUGAUGCAAGAUCUGAGAAUGCGAUAGGAUUUGUCCGAGGCAAUCGCUCAGGAAUAUUUUCCAUAUUAUAUUGGUUGCACGGUUUGAGCAGUCCGUGACGUCGAUGGCACCGCACACCCUGCCAUCCCGAUGUUCGGACCUGAAGAAAGCCUAACAUCGGUAGAAUUCCGGGCUCAACAACGCGGCUCAGGCAGUCCAGACCUAUUUCCCUUUCCCGUGAGUGGCGGCUUUGAAAAAAAUCCGGCUUUUUUAAUUUAAGUAAAA